AGCGCGAGUACGUAGACGUCAUCGCCUCAAGCCAACUGUCCAUCGUCAAAAACGCGACCAAGGACAGUCUUGCGCCACUUCUUGCAAACCUUCUGCCUCUCUCCAAGCUUGUCAUUGACCUCUCCGGAUGCUGUGGCUCUCUUAAGAACUCACUUUACGCUUGUUUACAAUGGUUACUACCCGACGUGCUGCGAGGGCGGCUGCUGAAGCGAACGAUACAGUUAUGCAUUCUCCCUCCAGAUCGACUUCGACGCCUCGCUCGUCUCCUUUCCUGCCGACACCCCUUGAGAGAGCUGGCCUUGUGUUGUUCCCAGCUCUUUUGAUCUUCGGGACUAUCUUCUCUAUAAUCUCACCACAGACACGUGCCGCACCGUACGAUCCUAUCGCGCAGUCGCAUUUCCAGGAUCCCAGCGUUUCUCCGAGCUAUUUCGCGCGCAAGUCCAAUAUUUUCAACGUUCUCUUUGUCAAGCGAGGCUGGGCUUGGAUCACUGUUGCAUUCUUUGUCUUCAUCUUCAGCCAUCCUAGCACCACUGACACCGGGCGACGUGUUCGCGCCGGUCUGCGAUGGGUUGCUGUAACAACGAUGUGGUUCCUCGUCACGCAGUGGUGCUUUGGACCUGCUCUGAUUGACCGUGGUUUCCGAUGGACAGGUGGCCGCUGCGAGCUCGCUCGGAGAGAGGUCGAAUUUGGCUCUGAUACUGUUGGUGAUAAGGUCACAGCAGUAGCCUGCAAAGCUGCCGGUGGAAAAUGGAAGGGAGGACAUGACAUAUCGGGCCACGUCUUCCUCCUGACACUAGGUACUGCGUUCCUCAUGCAAGAAGUCGGCUGGGCUGUGUUAAGAUGGUCUGGCAAGCGAAACGAGGAGCGAUGCGUUGUUAUGACAGACGGAGCUCUCAAGAGCGCCAACGUCGAAUCUGAUACAUCUCUGGGCGAAGGCUCUGAGCGACCUGCCCUGGGUCUCGGCGGCAAGUUCGCUGUGGGUGUCAUGGGAUUGAGUGCUUGGAUGCUACUCAUGACGGCUAUUUACUUCCACACAUGGUUCGAGAAGUUUACUGGACUCUUGACCGCGGUGACAGCCUUUUACGUUGUGUACAUUGUGCCUCGCUUUGUACCUGCUGUUAGGCAGGUCAUUGGUCUUCCUGGCAUAUAGACAAGGCAUGGUGUGAUGAGUUAUGAGUGACGCAGACGGAGUACAUAGAUGUAAGGUAGAACGAAUUGCAUAAUCCCACUGUAGUAGCAUGGCGUGGCUCUUCACAGGGUUGUUUUCUUUUAUUUUGUAUCGCUAUACUUAAGACAACUGCAGAUGAACAAUUCCAGGGCUGACGGCCAAUGUCCAGGGCGAUGCCGCACUACAUCUGUCUCGCCAUAUCUCGGCACAUGCUGUAACUUUAUGUCCGGCUAUCUACCUUCUUCGUCGAGCUGAUGAGUUUUUCUUCUUAAACUCAUCCUUGAUCUCAUCCAAAAGCCCAUCAACUGUUAAAACAUCCACAGCGACACCAGCAAGACCCUUAGCGACCAUGAGAGCCUUCUCAAAAGCAGGCUUGCUUCCCGCUGCGACCUCGAAGGGCGCGGUAUGAGGGCCACUCUUUGGAACAGUUCCAUUGGUAUAGGUGAUCUGGAACAUUGGGCUGAUGGCUGGAAAAUCCUGGCUGAUGUUUCCUUGGUCAGUUGAGCCACCGGGUUCUCGCAUCUUGUCGACAUCAGCAUCGGGGAGGUCACCACCAAGCUCCUCGAACCAGCGUGUGUAUGACGCAGCAAGACCAUCGUUAUUGUUCAUGUUGGCGUAACCGUAUGGUCGUGUUGUGAAGUUCAUCUUUGCACCUGUGCCGAGAGCACCAGCCUUGAAACAGUUAUAUACCCGGUCUGAGAGCUCUUCGAGUUGUUCCUCAUUGGCGGCGCGGAGCUGGUAGCUUCCUGAUGCAUCGGCGGGGAUGACGUUAAUACGGGUUCCUGCUGAGUGGAUGAUUCCAUGGACACGAUCUGUCGUGCGCAUCUGCUGGCGCAUAUAGGACAGAGCGCUAUUGGCGAGGAGGAGUGCGUCUUGUGCAUUGAUGCCUUCCCAGGGCCCGGCUGCAGCAUGAGCCUCACGACCUGUGUACUCAACAUCGAUGCGGUCUGUCGACUGAGCCAGCAUGUACGGAGUGUCGGGGCCGUUGCUGGGAUGUGAGAUCAGAGAUAUGUCAAUCUUGGCAUCCUUGAAGACACCUGCGUCGAGCAUCUUGACUUUUCCACCGAGAGACUCUUCAGCGGGUGUACCGAAGAGAAUGACCUUGCCCCCAAGUUUCUCCUUGCGCAUAAUCUCAGCGGUUGCAAGAGCACCACCCAGCGAUGCCGUCGCAAUCAAAUUAUGGCCACAGGCAUGUCCCAGUCCCUCUAGCGCAUCGUACUCAGCAUUAAAGCUCACAACGGGACCAUCGCCUGAGCCAUCAAACACAGCCAUGAAAGCAGUGUCGAUUCCGCCAACUGUGUCGGUCACGUUCCAUCCCUUCUGCUUCUUCAUGAACGAUGUAAGAAGCUUGUGGGCUUUGAACUCUUUGUAGCCAAGCUCGGGAUUAUCGUGGAUGUUCUUGUUGAUUGACCAGAGCUUUUUAUCAAGCGAGUCGACGUAUUCUGAGACUGCGUCUGUGUAUGGGCUUGCGACAUUCUUCUUUUGGCGUGGUUCAAGGGUGGUUUGAAGUGAUGAUGCUGGGGCUGCGAGGAGUGUGAGGCCGAACGCAAAGGCUGCGAGGCCUCUGGCAUGACCAAGAUAGACCAUCGCGAUGGCUUAUUCCGCAGUAUGUAAUGAAGAGAAUUAGAACCGACUUUUGGCGUUUUACUACCGCGUUCCAAUGAUCUCAAGUACCACCUCGAACCUGGACCUAGUAUAACACAUUCACUGUCACGCGGACUUUGGCAAUCGCUCGAC